AUGGAUGGUGACUGUGGUUCAAAACCACACAAAUUGCCAUUACAAUACUUAAAAGAUAUCACAAAGAACUUCUCGCGAGUACUUGGGAAAGGUGGUUUCGGUGUGGUAUAUGAGGGCGUGCAACCGAAUGGGGAAAUAGUUGCUGUGAAGAAGCUUUUGAACCCAAUGUCACAAAAGCAAUUUGAGAAUGAGGUUGAUCUUCUGAUGAGACUUGAGCAUCCAAAUAUAGUACGAUUAGUAGGCUACUGCUAUGAAAUAGAAAACGAACACUUCCCUCUCAAUGGGAAAUACGUUUUUGCUGGGAAGGCAGAAAGUUUGCUUUGCCUGGAGUAUCUGCCUAAUGGAAGUCUUGACGAGUUUCUUUCAGAUUCAGAUAAAUCUUCUCGACUUGAUUGGCACACACGCUACAAAAUAAUUGAGGGGACCUGCAGUGGUUUACAGUACCUUCACGAGCAAACUGACGGGCCUAUCAUUCACUUAGAUCUAAAACCCGCUAACUUACUGCUCAAUGAUGCUUUGGAGCCCAAACUUGCAGACUUUGGUCUGUCACGUCUUCUUGAUCAACAAGGAACUGUGUGCACUAUGGAAGUUAACGGGACAUUAGGAUACAUGCCCCCAGAAUACCUACAAGGUAUACUCGGAACUAUGUCAGAUAUAUUCAGUCUGGGUGUAAUAAUCUUGGAGGUAGUAACAGGAGAAAGGAAGUACCCAGAUAAUAUUCCUCCUUUGGAGGAAUUCAUUGAGACUGAGCUUGAAAAAUGGAGAGAUACGCUGUAG